UGGGAUUAGGAUAGACCAGAAAACUUUAAUGUUCUUCCUCCGUGUUGACAAGGGAUUAUCCUAACACUUGGCUUGCUAUACUGUAACGCUAAUGUAUGACUAUUGUUAGCUGUGGCUAUCGUCACCAAGCGCUCAUCAUGGGCUAUGCACUAGGCUAGGAGCUUAGUGGUAUUAUCCUAUUUCUACCCCCAAAGACUGCCCCCUCAGGAGGGUCCCUACAGGGUUUGAUUUUGUUUUUGGUUUGCAGAGGAGCUACGGACCUGGGAGGGGGUAGUAUGGAGAAGGAAAACCAAAAAAAACCAAACCCGUAGCGGUCGAGUCGAUCCCGAUUCAUAGACUAUAAAUUGAGAGGUAGGUGCUCAACCUCAAACAGCUUCUGCUCCAAAGCUUCUUUAAUGAGUUGCCCAGUCUUAUUAAGGAAAGUGUUAUGGAGGGAGGGAACCCUGAUAGUAAUGCACAGGAGUGGAAACUCUGAGUUCCAGGGGGGCCCAGCAUAUUAUUUAACUUCUUAGAAUCUCAAUUUUCUAAAUCUGUAAAGGGAGAAUAAUCCUUUUUAGAUAGAGUUGUUGGGAUGACUAAAUAAAACUAAAACUGCUUGCCAGUAUCUGGUACAUGUAAAAAAAACAUGUAAGCUCUCAAUAAAUGAUCCCUCUACCAACCUUCUGUGCUUUGGAGAGGAGUGGCAGAAAGCAGCGUUAGGCGGCCAGGGAAGCGAAGGAGUCGCUUUCCUUUCUUUCUGUGCCUCGAGUUUCCUGUCCCAAGAAACAGCAGCAUUUCCCACUCCUAUCUCAGACAUCUUUCAGAAAGUGGACCGGGUGAGGGGUCCUAGGGGCCCACAUCUUGAGUCUCAAGAUGACCUCCUCGCUAUAAGAUAAAUGACGCCUCUUCAGCUCACGGCCACACGAGGGCGCAGCGGGGCUCAGGGUGACACCUCCGGCCAGUGGUGAUGAGAUCCUUUACAUCUGUGGGGCGGCUCAGAGGACCACGCACAGGCCAAGUCCAGCCAGGGCGGGCUGAGGGCGCUGUUUGAGGAAGUCACCAAGGAGACCCGCGGCGGAGCGGAGAGAGCGUGCGCAGGCGGCCGCGGACCGAAAGAGGUCUGGGGAGGUGGGAGCAGCGCUGCACCCUAGUGCCAGCAGUGGAUGAGCCGGAGGUCCCAGAGGCCCUUGGCGCAGGCACCCACGCUGUUGCCGUGAGUAGGCCGUGAUGAUGUCAGACAUCACCAAAGACAGAGCAGCCCAUUCAUUAAAGAAAAGAGGGAGUAUGUCUUCUCUAAGUAGUCAUGAAUUCUGGCAGAAGGAACUUCCUCGGCGCACCAAAGACUCCCUGAGUACUGUGUCCUAUAUGGAUGAACCUAGCCAGCGUGAUGAUGCCUCUCACCUUACAGUUCAGAUGGAAAACACCUACCAGUUGGGUCCUACAAAACAUUUUCCUGUGGUUGCUGUCAAUCAUAUUUUGAAAGAUGUGUUAACUAACUAUCUGCAAGAGGAAGAAUAUGAACCAGAGCUCUGUAGACAGAUGACUAAAACAGUUUCUGAGGUUAUUAAAGCCCGGGUUAAGGACUUGAUGAUUCCACGGUAUAAGCUAAUUGUGCUUGUUCACAUUGGACAACUGAACAGUCAGAGCAUACAUAUUGGAAGCAGAUGCCUCUGGGAUCCUAAAAGUGAUACUUUUUCAUCUUAUAUUUUCAGAAAUUCUUCUCUCUUUGCUCUUGCAGAUGUCUAUGCGGUUUACUUUGAGUGACUGAAAAAAAAUCUAGUUCUUAGUUUUUUUUUAAUCAAGAAAUAGAUUGUUUCUAUUUAUACAAAAAGUUUUCCUGCCCAUAACUUUGAGAAAGAAGCAACACUAAUAUUUCAAACAACCGGAAGCUUUUGGACUUUUUUAAACUCUUGUAAGGAUUGUAGGAGAGGAGGGUGGCUCCAGAAGGAAUCCUGUUUAUCGAAAGCAGGAAACAAGCUUUGGUUUCUCCAGAUGGUUUUUCACAGACAUAGAUUCUUAUUAAAUAUUGCUUUUGGAAUUAAUUUUUUAAAUUACUCCUUAAUUAGAGAGUUGGAAUUUCCUGCAUAAUCCCUUAAUGAAGAUAAGGUUUUUUUUAUUAUUAUUAUUAAAUAUGGCUGUAUCCCCUGCCCAAUAUAUGACAGUAGAAUAUUCAACAUGGUAGACACAAAUGAUAAAUGAUAAUAUGCCUCAGUGCUGCAUAUAAAAGAAUACUGGUUUUCAUUUUGCACUUAAUAAAUUGAGCAGCAUUCAUUAACUGCAAUUAUUGUUAUAUGUACCUGACAGUUGAAACUGCUGAGGUAGAAUGAAUGACUUCAUAACAAUUAUCGUGGUCCCACAGGGGAGCCAAUUAAAACUAGAAGCUCUUGUGGGUUGCCUGCACUUUACAAAAUUGUGAGGGAACUGAAUGUUGGUUCUUCGCUAAUGGAAACUAUAAAGUGAACAAAAGCUUUUUAGGGCAUUGAAAUAGACAUUGUGACAUUAAAUAUACAUGAUGCUUAAUAGUAAAUAUAUCUUUAACACAUAAAAUCAUGUAUUGGAAAGAGACACUUUAAAUAUACACUGCCUGAUGUGCCUUUGGGUAGGUUUUCGUAGGCUUACAAACUUUUACACAAAAUAUGGGGUUGGCAGCUUACCAAAUAAAACAUAUGUGUUUACCAUUUUGUUCCUAUGAAUUUCAUCCUAAAGUGACCCAGUGCAGUUUUGAAUGGAUGGGCACUAAAAUUUACGGGGCUGAAAUAGCUUAUUAUUCUGCUGGUUAAUGUAUCUUGUAUCAUGGAUCAUUUAUUUUUAUGGAGCUUUCAACUCUUUGUGUGCAUGUAAAAUGAUGCUGUAGCAUUCUUUUUGGAUGGUAAGUGGACUGCUUAAAGGACAUUUGUUAAAGGUCAAAGACAAAUUAUACACAUAUGGAGAAAAUUAGCAAUGCUCUAGUCUUCAGUAAAAAAAAAAGGUACAUGUACAGUGUUUUAUAAUCAAUAAAAUUUAUUGAUGUCUUAUUCCCACCCAAACAGCACAUAGUCAAAAAUGUAUACUUUCUAAAUCUCUUUCUUUCUGCUUGUCCUGACUUUUAAAGUAGCUUUUAAAAAUGAGUUAGGCAAUUUUCUUUAUUUUGUCUGUUAGUGCUUUAGUGGGAAUGUGUCUAUGGAAUAAUUUAUCACCACCAAUCCUGGUUAAUCUCUAUAGGCCAGUUUUGAAUCUGGAUUAGACCACAAGUAUAAUAAGUAAAUAAGCUUCAUAUUUUCCUUAUGCAUUUGUGAACUUCUCCCCUCUUGGAACAACAGCAGGGACAAUCGUAAAACAAUUUGGCAUGAAUAAAUCAGACGAAGACACUGCCUGAGUAUAUAGAAAGCCCAUUUUAAAAAUGGCUUUAUUUUUUCAGAGUUCUAAACUCUAAUCCAUGAGACAAUCUCUUACCAUAUGUUUCUGACUGUUAGAAAUCAAAACCUUA